CGUAUUUUUCAAAAACUGGAGAACUGGUACUUUAAAAAUAAUAUGCAUGAUAUCUGGAUUUCUGUAGCUUGAUUCUCUUAUCGGUAGAGGUAUCUGCAUCCAGUGUUUUGCAAUAUAUUGCUUUGGUUGAAGUGUGUGGGUAAAGUCCAGCCUCACACAGAUAGGGAGCUGGAAAAGGUAAGUAUGUUUUUGUAACUUUCCUUUACUGCUAUGACCAAAAAAUGAUACCUUCUUAAAAAGUAGUAAUAUAAAACUGGGAGCAGAGAACAGAAAAACAAGUCCUGCUGAGUGAAUCUCCGCCUCCCGCCCGAGAGACACUUGCACCCAUUCUUUGGAUUGUGUGUGCCCCCCGGGUUUGUAGUAUGGGACAGUUAGGCUCAUGGUAAUGGACACAAGUUUUCUAAAAUUUGAGCUUUCGUUCAAAAGCUCGGGUUUUAUCUUUGAUAACAAACACUAAAGAUGCUUGCCUUAACAUGACAGGCUCGCUCGCUCCCUUAGCUUCCCAGAAAACAUCUGCCAAGUCCCCAAGUUUGAGCCCACAGUGUGUGCAUUGUUCUCCCAAGGGCAAGCCGUGGGUGGCGAGAGGCAGCGGUGAAUUGGGUGGGCUCCCAACACGACAGCCCGCUAGACCCAGGGCAGCCUGAGAGCGGCUUGUUCCACAGAAGCCUUUCUGGCACACACACCCUGUUCUCUUGCAGAUUGUCAAGGAGUCCUCAGAGGUCGAGUGAUGAUAAAAUUAAUGACAUUGCCAUUUCAUCACAUGCUCCUGAGAGACUCCUGGGCUGUUUCCCUGAGUGCGUGUGAGCAGCAGCGACCAGGCUGUGGUCUGGAGCCUGGCCUGCAGUGCUGGGAGACUCCAGCACUUAAAGAGCCGUCACUGUGAAUGCGGAUACGCUGAGAGAGCUAGUCAUGUCCCAACCACACUGUGACAACCACCUCCUAAGCGGGUCCAGAGCCUCCAGGGUGUGGCCCACACUCUUCAAGACCCGAUGGAGGUAGGGUAUAGCUGAGUUUCUGGUCCUGUGACUGCCUCUUAAUCACUCUAUCCCUAAACCUUCCCCUCUCCAGCUUUUAGAAAUAAGCAAACUCAGGCUGGGCCAUGGUGGCGCACGCCUUUAACCCCCAGCACUCCAGAGGCAGAGGCAGGCGGAUCUCUGAGUUCGAGGCCAGCCUGGUCUACAGAGAGGAAAGGCACAAAGCUACACAGAGAAACCCUGUGUAGAAACCCUAAAAACAAAACAACAACAACAACAAAACAAAAGAACAAACUCGGAAAAAGCAGAGUCCUGGACACACAGUGGGUCCCCUGGGCUAACCGGUCCUCUUACUGCUUGCUUGGUUUCAUGUGCAUUCCCACCUUUGGUCUUUGGCCUGGAUGAUUUAGGCAAAUCUUGGACAUUGGUUUCUACCACCCUGCCUUGCCUGGGGUUCUCCCUGGCAUGUGUGAUGACUGAUCUUGGUUGUUGACUUCACUGGCUCUUGAAUCAACUCAAGUGUAAGCUGCUGGGCACACCUGUGCGGGGAUUUUUGAAGUGGGAAGAUUCGCCUGAUGGCCACACAGGUCAAAGGACAUGGAAGAGGGAAGCUUUGCACUCUGUCUGCUUGCUUUCAUUCCUGCUGGCGAGUUCAUCCUUCCUGUUGCUAUGGCAUCUCUUCACUGACAUUAGAACCACUUCUCUGGGAUUCCAACACAGCCUGAAGACCAGCAGCUCCCUGGGAGUCCUCCAGGCCUUCGGCACCAGAUUCUCAGCCUCUCCAGUGUGAGACAGCCAUUUUGGGACUAUCUGGUCUGCCAUAUCAUCCAUCCCUGGGAUACCGUGAUCAAGGCUGCCAUGCGGAAGUACCCAAACCCGAUGAACCCGUGCGUGGUGGGCGUGGAUGUGCUGGAGCGCAGCGUGGACGGCUGUGGGCGCCUGCACAGUCUGCGCCUGCUCAGCACCGAGUGGGGGCUGCCGGUCCUCGUGCGUGCGAUUUUGGGAGCCAACAGGACCUUGACAUACAUCAAAGAGCGCUCUGUCGUGGAUCCGGCUGCAAGGAAAAUGGAGCUGUGUUCUACCAAUAUCACACUCACGAAUCUGGUGUCAGUGAACGAGAGACUGGUGUACACACCUCAUCCAGAGAACCCUGAAAAGACUGUGCUCACCCAAGAAGCCAUCAUCACUGUGAAGGGGAUUAGCCUUGGGAGCUAUCUGGAAAGCCUAAUGGCUAACACGAUAUCCUCCAAUGCCAAGAAGGGGUGGGCUGCCAUUGAGUGGAUAAUCGAACAUUCCGAGAGCGCCAUAAGCUAACAGGUCUGCACCCGUGCCUGCUGACACAAGGGGACAACCGCAGCAACGUCUUAACCAGUCUGUUAUCUCACCAAAAAGAGUCAAAGAAGAAAGGAGGAAUGGAUGGACCAAGAAGAUGAAAGGCAAGUGUGGAUGUGGUUCCUGCCAAGUCGGGAAGAGGCGGGGCCUGCUGGAAUCUUCCCUGUCCGUGGUGACCUCCAGUACAGCAUCAGGCCCAGGCACCAGCCCUGCAAGGCUCUGGUUCCUGGGAGUGGUGUGGAGCCCUCCUCGGCCAGGCUCUGCUGCAGGUACUGUGCCAGGCUGGGACAGUCCUGGGCUGCAUGGCCCCUGCUGCGUUGGUUUUCAGCUUUCACCCGCUUCCCCUGGCAGGAGUGCCACCUCCAACUGCCGAGUCCAGUUACUUCACCAAAGGAGAGCUCCCCUCUCCUCAGGCCCUGCCAGCUAAGCCAGGGCAGGUCCCCCAAACCUUCCCCACCCCCCGGGGGGGGGGGCCUGGCUGCUGUCCUCUGUUCCUGGUGGCCCUUCGUCCUUCUAGUGUUCCACUUGCCUCUGUGAAGAAGGUGAAGAAGAAGUUGCUUUCUGACCCUCAGGGUCCCCAUCAUGUACUGUAUCAAAAAAAAAGGGGGGAGGGGGAUGCAGAACUCUCUGCAGAAGCCACUGUGGGUUCCAGCGGCAACUGGGAUUUUCAAGCUCAAACUGGCCCUGUGUAACUGAAGAUGACCUUGAACCCUUGUUCUUCCUGCUUCCAACUUCCCAAGUGCUGGGAUUCCCGACUUGGGCCACUGUCCUUGGCUCUUUCUGGUUGUUGUUGUUAUUGAGAUAGAUCUUGCUGUGUGGCCCUGGCUGUUCUGAAGCUCAUGGCAAUCCCCCUGCCUCAGCAUCUCAAGUGCUGGAAUCACAGGUGUGCAGCGCCAUGCCUGGGCUGGGAUUCUUGUCAAGUCCUGACUACCUUCUCAGCUUCUCCCAACUAAAAAGAGAGGAUGUGGAGCUCCCGCUAUGUAACAAAGAGCCUCCCAGCUAAUUCCCACCCCCCACCCCCACCCCGUGGUCCUGGGGUCCUGCAGGCUGUGGGUGGUGGCUUUGUGCUCCUGGCCUAGUUGAAACCCCUCCCGCGAGCCCGCUUUACCUCCUGCCUCAGUUCUGUGUUCCUCACUUUCUCCUUGUAGUAGUCUUUUCCUUCCUUCCUUCCUUCCUUCCUUCCUUCCUUCCUUCCUUCCUUCCUUCC